AUGGAUGUCGACCAAAUCAGACACGUGUUCGACAAUUCACAGCAUUUGCAUAAAAUGCAGAAAUGCGUCCUAACAGAAAGUAGCUACAGAAUCAGCAGUAGGCUACUGCUCAACUACCGUAAGAAGCGGGAACUCCGGAGAGACAUAUUGUUUACAUUGAAUUGCGACCCAAAGAGUCCGUACACUAAACACAGCAUUGAGUUCAUCGCAAACUUCUUGCGAUCGUUUUGCGCCACAAAAGAAGACACGAAUGCCAACAGCAAUGACACCAACGACGAGACGAUCAUCGAUGAGGACACGGCCGCUGCCGAAGACACCACCAAUCGCUCCGAUCAGGAGAACAAAGAGCCGACCGAUGAGUGCGACGACGAGUUAGGGAUGGAGUCGUUGGGCAGUGAGUCCUUCAGUCGCAAAGACCAGUCGACGGCCUCCACAGCGAUGGACAGCACGUCGCUUAUCAAAGACGAGCCCACUUUCGCGGAUAUCGUAAUCAAAGAGCAAUUGAUUGGAUUCCUGUUGAACGCAAAGCCACACAUUCGCUACAACUGUUGUCUUCUCAUCAGAAAACUGUUCACUGAUUUAGAAGACAUGGAUUUGGAUGUGUAUGAGAAGCUCAAGAAGUCAUUAUUAGAUAGACUUAGAGAUAAGGAUAAGACGAUCAGAAGUGCGGCCGCACUGGCACUGCAUCGCUUCCAAGAGGCGGACAAACGCUCAGAUCUGGUGAGCGAUGCCCUCAAGUUUCACUUGAGAACAGAUCCAGACUUUCGAGUCCGUCAGUCAUGUCUUCAAUCGCUUCAACCGUCUGUCGCCUCAAUCGAUGAGUUCAUUAACUCCACGCGUGAUGUCAAAGACAUUAUCAGAAAAACAGCUUUUACAUUAAUUGCCGACAAAUUCGAUAUAAAGAACUUCGGAAUUGAUAAGAGACUUGAGAUCCUGAAGAAUGGACUCAAUGAGAGACACAUCGCCGUCAAGAAAGUGGUCGAAAUAAAACUGUUGCCCAAUUGGGUGAAGUCAUACAACGGAGACUUUGUGGCGCUUCUGUACGCGUUGGACAUCCAAUCGGAUCCACUGCUCGUCGAAAGAAUGCUUUACUUAUACUUCGAUCACAUCCGCAAAGACGUGAACCAAAGCACCGGACGGACGGGAUUUCAUAAGUUUUUGGACGAUUUCAGGGAUAGAACACCGCUUAACACCGGCUCUGAAGAGAUGCCUAACUCGCAGCCCAACACUCAUGAAGAGACUGUUGAUGCCAUUGAUCUCAUUGUUCCUGAUUUACCGCAUUAUUGCCAUUAUAUUAACGUUUUUGUUAAACAAAUUCUGGUGAGAGAGUAUGGACUGCACGACUUAAUGGAGUUUGAAUUUAUGUUCAAUCAAUUACUUUCAAUGGGAGAACUCAUUGAUAUUGGAGAUGAAGUCCAGAGGCAAAUAAUCCGCAAAUGUAUGAUUGAUGUACUGGCAAAUGAAGAGUUGUUCCAUCGGAUCCACGACUAUGUCUCGCAUUUGAUGAAAAUAUUCUCACAAAACACAGAAUUAAACACUUUUUUAGAGAAAACAGUUGAUAUGAUUGAUGCCAUAAAUUCCAAGUCUAUUGUAGCGGAGGAGCCGCCGCCACCGCCUCCCUCACAGCCAUCUCAAGAGGUGGAGACGAACCCAGAAGUGAUUGCGGAACAGAUGAGACAAAUGGAGAUGGAAUACGCGAAACUCAGUGUCAGAAUAGAGUCAUUGAGGGACGACAUGGAGGCGCCCGAAUGCGGAGAAUCCGAGGCCAAUCGCAUUCAGGAACUUAUCGGUGAACUGUCCGAUAAAAUGAAGGACAUUAUGGAGAGACGACUUCGCAUGAACACCAGUCAACUCAUGCCUCCCUCACAGCAAUCCUCACAACUCUCGCAAAUUGAACCCAAAACUCAAAAGACUUUAAGUGAGGAUCCCAUAACUCUCGAACGAUGCCUUCAAAUAUUCAGCGGUUGCCUUCAAUUUGGAGAUUUUAAAACUGUUAAUCCAAUGAUACUGACACUCAUUGAGAAAAUGGUGAUCCCAUGUAUCCCAGUAUCUGAGAUAAAAGUGAGGAAUAUUGCAGUCAAGAGUUUAGGCCUUUCAUGCCUUAUAUCACAAGAAUUGGCCAAAAAAUAUUUCGCACUCUUUGUUCAGGUGCUUAAUUUUGACUCAGACUUACCUCAAGAAACAGCAUUGAAGUGUAUUUUUGAUAUAUUAUGUAUUCACGGAUUGAGUUGUUUUGAUCACAAGUCGAGAAACAAGAGUAUGAAUAAAAGUAAAAGCAAUACAAUGCUAACGGAUGACAACGAGAAUGACAAAGAGAACCAAAGUAUUAAUAAUAACAGCCGAAGAAGUGUUGCAAAUGAUGGCACAGAAGACAUGGAUGAAGACAACGACCGGACGAUUAUCGAUGAAUCGGAUGCGGAGGACGUGUUGUGCAGUGAAUCCGAAGGCCAAAACUCUGAUGACGAAGACGAGGACAGUUUCCUGAGUUUGUUCAUUGAUUUGUUAGAAAAACACUUGAACUCAGAAUUGGAUGCAAUUAAGUUGAUUACAGCCCAAGGAAUUGGAAAACUAUUUAUUUUGGGACGUAUGUAUUCACCGCAACUGUUAUCUAAACUGAUAAUCCUUUGGUACGAUCCGGACUCGAGCGAAGAGUUGCGCCAAUUUUUGGGCGUAUUUUUGCCGAUAUAUUCGGGCGUUAAUAUGAAGGCUAACCUCAAAGGAGAGAAUGCUUUCGAAGAGUGUUUUAUCAAAACUGUCGAAACCGUGUAUAACGAGGCACUGAAUUAUGUCAAUUUGGAUAAUAUGAUUAACUUUGUGUUGGAACUCAUGUCAGAUGAGGGCCACAACGUUUUGGCUAAAUCUGUUGCCAAUCAAAUAAUCACCCGAAUCGGUGCCAAUGGUUUGGAUGACACCCUUUGCAACAAAUAUUAUUUAAGAGUCCUAUCAGUGCUGCGUUUGACUGAAAUGACAAAACACGACAUCAAAGAGUAUAAACUGUUGAUUAAGAAGAUUGAAAGAGCGCUCAACAAACAGAAAGUGAAGACCAAACUAACAGUUAAUAGAUUGCAGACAAUCAAACUUAAGAUUGAAAAGCAAAUCGAUGUCAUAAAACACAACACAUCGCAAGUGUCCAUAAUUGAAGACUUUGGCUCUGUUUCCCUUUCGCAGAGUAUGUCUCAAAGUUUUAGCGAACGCUCACAAGUGGACGAAACAGUCCUCGAAACGUAACUUAAGUCACAACUCAUUUGUAUAUCAAAAGCCAAUUUAGGUUUUCUCAUAAACCGGUAUUUUUCAGUUACUUUUCAUACCAUUCAUUUCUUAACACAAUGUAUUUUUCACUUAUAAAAUAUUUUACAAGAAUUUCCAAAAGUAUUUUAUACUGUAGUAAAUAGUUUGAAC